AUGUUACUGCUGCAUACGGGCAUCGCCGCAACAAUCUGCGCGGCCGCCGCGCCAGCGCGCAUGCGCCGCCAGCCCAUCAAAGCAGGCGCCGCGGCCGCCAGCCGACUAGUGCGCCGUCGCCCGCCGCCGCAGACACCGCGCGCCGCGAGUGCUCCAGCCGUCCCAGCGCCCCGCCCCGCAGCAUUCGGAUACGCCCCCGCCCUCGUCGCCCCAGCGCCCCGCACGGACCGUCUGCCCGCCCGCCAUGGGAGGCAUCACUCAAGUUCCCUGGACGCCCACGAAGCGCAGAGGGCCCAUCGCCGCCGAGUACCAGAGCCCCGGCCCCGCGUGCGUGGCGCUGCCCAACCUCACCGGUCUGGUGGAAAGACUGACAGCCCUGGACCAGGUCCUGGACAAUACAAUGUCACUGGAUUGAGUGCUAAGGGAAAGGACAAUCCCCCAGCAUCCAGUCUUCACAGCCGACCCAAGGAGAUAAAAACUGCACAGACCCCUGCUCCUGGAGACUACAAUCCAGAGAAAUCCGAUAAGAUUGUUCACGCAUCACCCAAGUUCACAUUUGGCCUGAAAACUCAACCAGGCAAGCCCAGUACCACCCCAGCUCCAAAUGUAUACAACAUACCAACAGUUCUUGGAGCAACAAAGGAAGGCAAUAAGAAACAAGCACCAGCAUUUACAAUUUCUGGGAGACAAAAAGAAAAAAUGGAUGAUCGCAUUAACAAUCCUGGACCAGGCUCUUAUAAUGAUGCAAAGGCAGACAACUACAAAAUCAAAUCUCCAGCUUAUUCCAUCAGCUCCCGAUACCAAAUGCCUCAGGAUCCUACUCCUAAACCAGGCCCAGGAGCUCAUUCACCGGAGAAGGUUCGUUUGGAUACAAUUCCAGCUCACACAUUUGGAAUCAAACACUCACAGUACAUGGGUGUGCUGAAAGCUCAUACUUCUUAAACAUCUUACACAUCUUUUUCCUGAAGUAUUAUUCAUUUUAAAAUGACCACCAGUAAAUUAAAAAAAGAGAAAAUUUGUUGCAAUUUCAUUUCCUAUAUAGUAAUUGGCUAUUGUUUUAGCAUAUAACACAUAUUUUAGGAUAAUAUCACUGAUGAUAUUUGCAAAGAGUAUGGCCCCAUGGAUCCAUUAUAAUUGUUCACUUUCUCUGAGACAUGAAGUCUGAAGACAAUGGAAUGUGAUUAUGUUCUAUCCAGGGAUCUGAAUCUGCAAUUACUAAAUGUCUGAAUCUCAACAGUAUUACGAUUUUCUUACAAAUUUUGAAUCUUUAUCAGAAUGUUCUUAGCAUUAGAAUUCUCACUGAUUCACAGUGGGUGAGACUGUUUAUAUUUAAAUCAAAGGGGCUGAAUAUAUUGCUCUUUUUCUUGUAAAGAAUGUUCACAAAUGUGCAUAUUGUUCUAGAUAUGAAAUUUCAAUAAGAAAAGGAAAAAGAAAGAGAAAAAAAAGACAGAGUAGCAUUCAUACAUUGUAAAUAAAAGAACUACAAUGUAGUGUAAUUGCUACAGAACCUUGAAAGCUCAUGUGAUGAGUAAAACUGUUGACUCUGAAUUCUUUAUCAUGUAUUUAUUAGAAAUGUAAAAAUAAUGUUAAGUUUGAGUAAAUCCUAGUUAUGUUAAUUUGAACAUAUUCACACAUCUUCUGUGCAGCAAUAGCAAACAAUUACAAAGCCCCACAAUACAUAUAAGUAUAUGCUUAUUAACAUCCAAAUUAAUUGUAGCAUACAAGACAGUUUUGUUGCUUCAUAAAUAUGAAAGCUAACAUAAGGUGAGGGAUUCUAUAAAUUUUAUUCAGUAAAGCAGCAUUUAUCUAAAACAAACAUACAGAAGCAUGCAUGUGAAAUAAAGUAGAAUAAAGAAAGUAGAGAAGAGCUUUGAAAAGAUCUUUGUGUAUCUUAAGUUUCUGUAACAGUGAACUUAUGCACAAUAA